AUGGGUGUGGUGGAUAAUCCAUUAUGUCCUGUGUGUGUUUUGGAAGUUGAGAUAGUCUACCAUGUUCUCUGGAGUUGUAGUGCAGCAGCAGAUGUGUGGGCUGAUAAAUCUAGUCCUGUUCAGAAGUGGCCUCGAGUGGGGGGAGAUUUUCUGGGGCUGUGGCAAGCUAUGGUAGAGAAGUUACAAGCUGAGGUGUUGGACCUUGUUGCUACUGUAAUGAGGAAUAUUUGGCUAAGGAGAAACAUCUAUGUUUUUGAAGGAAUGUUUAAAGCUCCUACUGAGUUGUUCUUACAAGCUCAAGAAAACCUGGUAGAGUACAAAGAAGAGCAGGUGGUUAGGUGCAAUGACAGAAAUGCAAGACAACUGAAUCGAAGAGAAGCUAGAUGGAAAAGGCCUAGUGAGGGGUUUGUUAAAGUAAAUUGGGAUGCAGCUUUGGAUUCUGAGAAGAAAAGAAUGCGACUGGGAGUAGUGGUGAGAGAUGAGGAGGGCGAAGUGCUGUUAUCCCUUUGUAAGCUAAUGGAAGGUCUGAGUAAUAGUGCUACUGCUAAGUUGUAUGCCUUAUGGGAAGCUCUAAAGGUGUGUGCUGAGUUGAAUUGGACUAAAGCUAUCUUCGAAGGGGAUGCGUUGUCUGUGAUCAAGUCUGUUAAUAGCUCGAGUUGCUGCUGGGAAUGGCAUGGACAGCUAGUGGAAGACAUCAAGUUGAUCCUUUAUAAUAGUCAGAACUGGUAUAUACAACAUACUUAUAGAGAAUGUAAUCAUGUAGCUCACACACUUGCUAGGAUAGCUUUUACUUUUACAGAGGAGAAAGUCUGGAUUGAGGAGGGGCCUUCGGGCAUCUAUUCUUUUGUACUGAUGGACAAAGUUUGUAGUCAAGAUUCAAGGUAA